AUAAAUUUUCCCCUUUCAUAAAUUUUCCUCUUUCAUAAAUAAAUUUUCCUUUUUCAUAAAUUUUCUUCCGAACAUAAAUUUUCUUCUGAACAUUCUUACUUACAAAUGAUGAAUGUUAAUCAAGAAGUUGAUCAAGAAGUAGCAACAAGUCAACAUCAAGAGGUGAAUGUUCAAAAAGUAACAUCAAGCCAAAAUAAAUCAAACAUUGUAAAAUUUGUUGUAGAUAUAAAUAAAAAUAUGGAAAGCCUUGGUAUAAAUUCUCUUAAUAUAUCAUCAAACCAAGAAGCAAUUUUAGAUAGUAAAGAAUUUGGAAUUUUUAAAAUACUUUUCAAUAAAGAAGAAAAUACAAUUUUACAAGCAGCAAAUGUAGCCCCGAGAUCUAGUUCAGUAAGUUUAUCAACAGCAAGAACCACUGUUUUAAGAUCAUUCUUAACCGCGCCGGCAAUCGAAAUAGCAAAAAAUCUACACAAACUCCUAUUAUAUUUUGAUAAUCUACCAACUAUUCCUCCUACAAUAAAUCCAAACAAUAUUGACAUUAAAUUGUAUAUUAAAAAGUUGUUAGAAAAGUUAAGUACUUCAACAAAGGAGGAGUUUGAAGCUGAAAUUGAAAAUCAAAAUAACAAGGAUUUUUUAAAAGUUUAUUAUUCAGAGGAGGAAGAAGAGAAAGUAGUAAUUGAUUUUUAGAAUGAACUAAAUUUUCCUGAAAUCAUUUCAGAAACAAACCUCUUAAAGCUUGAUUCAGAUUUUGAUAUUAUAAAAGAAAAUACUAUAAAAACGUUAGUUAAUCAUUUAAUAAAAGUUUAUGACAAGAUUCUUGAAGAGCAUAUCGAAACAGAAAUAAGAAGAAGAAGAAAGUUUAG